UUUCUAUCUAUGCACCCCAUCCCCCGCCUUCUGCUCCCCCGGUGUCUCGUUAAUCAUUAUCAUUGGUUCUUCCUAUGUGUGUGUGAUAAUGUCCGACCGGAGUAGUCUACUAGACCUUGAGGAAUUCCCCGUGCACCAUGUUCUUGUCGAUCCCGAUGAUGCGAUCUCGGAUUCGAUGGAUGAUGAGGGCGAUUCCUCCGAUACAGCCAGCUAUGCAACCUCCUUGAGCUCCAGCGUGCUCGACUACAAGUGGGUCAAUGGACGACGUUUCCAUGCCUACAAGGAAGGCAGCUACAAGUUCCCCAACGAUGAGCGCGAGCAGAGCCGGCUCGACAUGAUCCACUGCAUGUUCAAGCUGGCCAUGGGCGGCAGACUGUUUCUCGCCCCGAUAGCUGUCGAGCAGCCCUUGCGCGUGCUCGACAUCGGCACGGGGACAGGCGUCUGGGCUAUCGAAGUUGGAGACGAAUAUCCGAAUAUAAAAAUGAUUCUUGGCAACGAUCUCAGUCCCAUCCAACCGGAUCUGGUCCCCCCGAACGUUAUAUUCGAAGUCGACGACGUCGAGACCGACUGGCCCCCCCGUGAACCCUUCGACCUGAUUCACUCACGAUACAUGUGCGGCUCGAUCCAGGACUGGCCCAGGCUGCUCGGGCGGGCCUACGAACAAACCCGCGUUGGCGGCUGGGUCGAGUUCCAAGAAUUCCACCUCGUAAACUACAGCCAAGACGGCACCCUGGACGAGCACAACAACAUCAACAAGUUCUACGAGCUCCUGCGAGAAGCCUGCGACCGCAUGGGUCGUCCCGUCACCAUCGGGGGCAAGUUGCGCGAAUACGCCGCCCAAGCUGGGUUCAGCAACAUCCAUCAUCGCGUGUUUCCUUUGCCGCUGGGCACCUGGCCGAAGGAUCGACGGAUGAAAGAGAUUGGGGCCCUCAACAUGCUCCAGUUCUUGGAGGGGCUAGAGGCGUUUAGUGUGGCGACCUUCACUCAUGUUCUGGGCUGGAGUUUGGAGGCGGUGCAGCUGUUCCUGGCGGAUGUGCGCAAGGAUGCGAUGCGAAAGGGGGUGCAUAUGAUGCAUAAUUUCCAUGUGGUUUGCGCGCAACGAUUAUAAUCGGUGGUUGGUCUGGAUAGUUGAUUGCGCUUUUGCGUUGUUCUGUA